AUGCUAGUGCUUUCACCUAUGGAUGUGCAACAACGGGGGCUGAAAAUCAUGAAGGUUCAACGGCCAGAGAGGAAGAACCAAAAAUACCUACAAAGACAGUUCCGGAAGCACUUUGGAUCCUCACCCCUUGACUUGGCUGAACAGUGGCAUGAUCUUUGUCACUGGGAGCAGGAGAAAGACAAUUCAGAGUUGUACAAGCUUUGUGAGUGGGAAAAUGGCAAGCUGCCAAAGACAGCCAAAAUGGAGCAAGGCUUUCAAGGAUUUCUAGCUGCCCACUAUUGGUUGUGGACAAGGCCCAAGAAUGCAGUAAUGUUUGCUUCCCGUUUUGGAUGCUGUGAGAAGUAUGUACAAGGAAAGUAUUUGUGGAGAUGGAUUGGGCGAAUUGCAUCCUUGGAGAAAAAGAAGAUUGUUUGGGACGGAUCCCUGGAUGAAAAAGGCAUGGAGAUCUUUGCUGUUACGGCUGAUGGGGUUGAUUUCCCAAUUUGGGAACGGAAGGAUGCAAACCUCCCAAUGGACCCCAAAAACAUGUCCCACAAAUUCAGAGGUUGUGGAGCUAAGUACGUCAUUGUUUUGUCCACUCACCGAUCCAAAUGUGUUCACAUUGCUGGUCCAUUCCGAGGCGGAAAGGGUGAUAUUGACAUACUAAGAGAUACUGGCUUGAUGGACAAGUUGGAGAGGAAUAACAAAGUUUGUAUUGUGGAUAGAGGUUUCAAGACCAAGUAUGUGCAGGAGAAGAAAGUGCUUGCCUACCCUGACUACAUUGAUUCAUCGGAGCUCCACAACUUCAAAUCCCGUGCACGUUGUCGACAGGAAACCUUUAAUCGACGGUUGAAGCAUUUUGAGAGUCUCUCAAUCACUUUCAAGAAUGGUUUUGAAAAGCAGGGAAUUGCUGUCAGGGCUGUUGCUGUGACCGUCCAAUAUCAAAUGGACAAUGGCUCCCCCCUCUACGAUACCUAA